AUGCCCCUGCACCCGUGUGCCCCUGUACCUGUGUGCCCCUGUACCUUUAUGCCCCUGCACCUGUGUGCCCCUGUACCUUUAUGCCCCUGCACCCGUGUGCCCCUGCACCCGUGUGCCCCUGCACCCGUGUGCCCCUGCACCUGUGUGCCCCUGCACCUGUGUGCCCCUGCACCUGUGUGCCCCUGCACCUGUGUGCCCCUGCACCUGUGUGCCCCUGCACCUGUGUGCCCCUGUACCUUUAUGCCCCUGCACCCGUGUGCCCCUGCACCCGUGUGCCCCUGCACCUGUGUGCCCCUGCACCUGUGUGCCCCUGCACCUGUGUGCCCCUGCACCUGUGUGCCCCUGCACCUGUGUGCCCCUGCACCUGUGUGCCCCUGCACCUGUGUGCCCCUGCACCUGUGUGCCCCUGCACCUGUGUGCCCCUGCACCUGUGUGCCCCUGCACCUGUGUGCCCCUGCACCUGUGUACCCCUGUAUCUGUCACUGA